UUUCCUCUGUUGUUAGGAGCGCAUCGCACUGGCGUGAAAUCAUAAAUGUUCGUGACUUUUCUUUCACGUUGUCACGUGUAUGCAACUGUCACCUAGAAUAGUGAUUCGUUGCUGGGGAUUCCCGCGAUUAUCAGUCUUUGAGAUGGAGAAACCCAAAGAUGAGAAACCUAGCACCGCUGAAGACAAAAGGGACAGCGGAGCUGAAGAUGAAACUCCAAAUUCGUCGUCAGAGGCAACAGAACUCGAAGAUUCAAGCGUUGGAAAAAUUCGAAAAUAUCUAGCUCAAAAGUUGGGGCUACAUGAUUCCGACGAUGAAAGGGACGGGCAGGGAGCGCACAUGUUGACAGAACUAUCGCUUGACGGAAUUGCCGAAUAUAUUAAAAGUAGUGGCUGUAGAAAGAUUAUUACUAUGGCUGGUGCUGGGAUAUCCACGUCAGCUGGAAUACCAGAUUUUCGUUCACCUAAAAGCGGACUGUACCACAAUCUAGAAAAAUAUAACCUGCCGCAUCCUCAGGCUAUCUUUGAGCUGGACUUUUUCAUGGAAAACCCAGAGCCAUUCUUUGUUCUGGCAAAGCAGUUGAUGCCAAUUGGAUUUAAACCUACUCCAAGUCAUUACUUUAUUCGAUUACUUUGGGAAAAAGGACUUUUAUUACGUCACUAUACACAGAAUGUCGACACCCUAGAGCGUAUUGCUGGGAUACCUGGUGAUGCAUUGGUCGAAGCUCAUGGGACUUUUCAUACUGGUCAUUGCCUGCAAUGCAAGGCAUCAUAUGAGUUUGAAUGGAUGAAAGAAAAAAUACUUGCUGAUGAGAUACCAGGAUGUGAGAAAUGCAAAGAUGGCAUUGUUAAGCCGGACAUUGUAUUUUUUGGUGAAACGUUACCAGAUAGAUUCCAUACUCUUAUAGAUAAUGAUUUCAAGCAAGCAGAUCUAUUGAUCAUUAUGGGAUCCAGUCUAGUUGUGCAACCAUUCGCUUCUCUGGUAGACAUGGUUCCUCCAAAUUGCCCUCGGCUUCUCAUAAACAAGGAAAAGGUCGGGAUGCAGGAUCGUAUUAUGAGAUUCUUAGGUUUGAAGCAAGGAUUGAUGUUCGAUCCUACAGAUACUAAUACUGGAAGAGAUGUUGCAUGGCUAGGUGAAUGUGACACUGGGUGUCAGUUGUUAGCCGACAAGCUUGGCUGGGGGGAGGAGAUGAAGGUUCUUAUUGAAAAAGAACAGAAGAACAUUGAAGUCGAAAAAUCGAAGGAAGGUUGAUAUUAUAAUCAUCGAUUUUUUGGUAUUGAAGUUUUUUCACCUGAUUUAUCAACUUUAUCUAUAACCAUCUGUGUGAGCACUGGGAACAGUCGGUUUCUGAAUAUCAAUUUUUAAAAAUCAGAUUUCAAAAUUUUAGGUCAGCCAACUUGUGUAGUCAACGUGAUAAUGUAGUUAGCUGGCCUACAACACUCAGAAGAAGUGAACAGACAAAAGGUGUAAAAAACAAGUGUUCACGCGGAGGGUUAAUGCGUCAUAGAUUAAUUAUUCAAAUCUCCAUCGAUAUAUUGUAAUCAAUAUAGAAAGUUAAAAAAUAUUCAACUACCGAUAAUAUUUCGUAGUAAUCUUCGAUAAUAUUCCAAAUUAAAUUAUUGGCUACAGCCGAACUGUUGAUAUCAUCAACUAAUUUUGUAUCUUCGUUGAUAAAUUUUCAAUCCUCAUCAGAAAUACGUGUCCGUGAUAAUCGUUGACAUAGAUGUAAAGAUCGAUUAAUUAAGAAUUAUUGAAAGGAAAGUACUACUAUAACUUAGUUGCGGAUACGAAGCUCUAUCUGAGAUAUGUAUUUAUUCUCCUGUU